UCAUUGCUGAUUAUCCAAUUUCGUCUGCGGAUAUGUUUGUUUUUAUUUAUAGAUAAUUCGUAAGCUAGUGGCAGUCUUGAUGAUUCAUAAUUUGCAUAGUAUUCGUAGUUAAGUGCUACCCGGGCUACAGUGACUCACUGUGAGACCCAAAACUGCCUAGUGUUACAAAAUGCAUCGCGUCGCAACUUACGUGUUUUUCGACCUGGAAACUACAGGUCUACCGCACCUGGAGCGUAACAGGACAAAGAUUAUUGAGCUCUGCUUCGUUGCCACUUCAAGGAAAGAGAUAGAAAAAUGUGGAUACAGAGAUAUACCGCCGGUCAGUAAAAUAACAUUGGUUUUCAAUCCGCAGAGACCUCUGCAAUCCAAAGUUAUAGAACUUACCGGAUUCACCAACAAACUACUUGAACACGCGCCUACUUUUAAACAGAAAACUAAAAGUUUAAAAUCCUUUCUUGAAGAGCUUGAAAAACCAGUGUGUCUGGUCGCACAUAAUGGGAAUAUGUUCGACUUUAAAUUGCUGCAAACAGAAUUCAAUGAAGCUGGUGAAACUAUACCAAGAGAUCUGCUUUGUGUAGACUCCAUUGUAGGUUUCAGGAAAUUAUUAAAAGGAACAACUAUUGACUAUAAAACUUUAGAAGCUUCUCCACAGAGAGUUGAAGAACUGAUUACAGAUGACGAAGACGAAUGGCCUGAUAUUAAUGUAAGUAACGAAGAUUGGCAAGAAAUUGAUGAUAUAUGUCUCUCAUUAUCUGAUAUAUCUUGUGAAGACAUUGAUGAAAGUGCUAAAGAAGAAAAGGGGACUAAAAAUAUCAAUGAAAAUAUGAGAAAGAAAAAAACUGAGGCUAUCAAUAGGGUCAUGGAUAAAAAACCUAAAGCUAACAAAGAUAGCUUUGCAUUGACUGCCCUCUAUAAAAGACUCCUGAACAGAGAAGAGCAGAAUGCCCAUAGAGCAGAAGCAGAUUGUUUUAUGUUACUGUACUGUGUUGUGGCCAUGAAAAAUGACUUUCUGCCAUGGGCAGAUGAUUCCUGUAAACUGCUGACUGAAAUUAAGCCUCUUGAAAGGCAUUAGUAUUAGGAUAUUAUGCUCUUAAAAUUAAGUAAUCAUGUAAACUAUAAUAUUUUUAUUUUGCUAUUUACAUUUUUGCAAGGUGCACCCUUAUUUUUAAGAUUUUUAUUAUAUUUGACUUUAAAAUUAUGUAUGUUGCAAUUGUUACAUACAUUUAAUUGAUUAUUCUAUUGCAUGUUGACUGCCUGAUUGGCUAUAAAUAAGAAUGUUUAUUAUGUUACAAAAUAUUAUUUGUUACAUAAGCAAAUAUCAAUAAAUACUAUUUUG